AUGCAUCACGCGGUAGAGCAAUUUGGCGGGCGUGGCACACGGGAGCCCUUCCCUCUGGACGGACUCAACAGGGGGCCAUGGGCUCCCGUCGGCAGCCGCCCCUGGCCGCCGCCCACCAGACCCAUGCCGGUGCGGGGAGGAGACAAACUCGACCUCCCCCAACACGCCUCGCUACCGGGCAUGCAGCGGGAGCAGCCGAGAGCCCCUCCGCCUCACCCCGCGCACCACCACCACCACCCCCACCCCCACCCCCCGCCGCCGCACAGGGGGUGGGAGCAGCUCGGCCAGCUCUACGACCCCCACCCGCCCCCGUCACAAGGGGGGCCCGCGCCCGGGGACCACACCCUGCGACUGCAUGCUGGUGGGGGUGGAGGAGGAAGUGGAGGGGGAUGCUAUGCUAACAACGGUGGUGGUGGGGGCGGUGGUGGUCCUCCUCCACCCAACCCCCACCUCCCCCCGGGCAGAGUGGGCCAACUGCUGAAGUUCGGGGGGCCUCAGGAGCCCCAUGUCCCCAGGGCCCCUCAACCACUGGGGGAAGAGAUGUGGGCCCAGGUGCAGCAGCAGCAGAGAGGAGGGGGCUACCCCGUGAAGAUGGUGGGGGGCCAGCUGAAGAGACCGGGCCCUCCAAUGGGCGGGGAGCACUCUGUCAUCCAGCACACCCCCGCUCUACACCCCGCCUCCCGGCCCAGCCCCGAACAGGACUGCUCCGCCAGCCCCAAGAGGAAGAAGAGACCCGACCAGGUUCCCAACGGGGGGGUCCAGCGGUUCCCCGGGCCCCCGGCGGCCCCCCAGUCUCUCCACCCUCAGGCGGCGUCCCAGGGCCACUACCCUCCCCCUAAGCCGGCCUUCUGGAACCCCGUUGCCAAGGGCAACGCGCCCUGGCAGCCCCAGACCGCCGAGCGCAAGAGCCUGGCUCCGCACGAGUUCCAGGCGCGGACGGAAACCAAUAAGCCAGGCGGCUACGGCCACAAGCCCCCCGCCCCCGCCUCCACUCAUUCCACGCUCUCCCCCUCCCUGGGGGGUUACCACCCCGGCCCCCAGAAGACGGGCUACCACCACCACUCCCACCACCUCCAACAACAACAGCAACAACAACAACAGCAACAACAACAACAGCCACCGGUGGUGAACCAGUCCCCCCACUCCUCGUACCCCCAGCCCGGGAGCGCCAAACCGGCCCCCGCCCCGCCCCGCCACCCCGCCCUGGAGCCCCACAGGGGCCACCAGGGGGCCUCCCACGCUCAGUCCCACCAUACGCCACCCAGGGGUGCCAGGGAACCAGCCCCGCCGCCCCGGUCUUCACCAGCCAACCCCCCAGCCGCGACCAGCAGCAGCGUGCCUUACAGUCACUUCCAGCCUCACGCGGGGCUGGGGCACCCGGGCCCCCCCGCGCCCUCCCCCCAGCCCACCAGCAGCACCGCCGUACCUCAGCAGCAACCCGGCACCGCCCGCGACGACUGGAAGUACCAGGGCCGGGCGGGCAGCCACUCGCUGGAGGCGGGACUCUACAGGUCCACCCAGAUCCUACCUCAGGGCCAACAGAGCCACGCCCCCUCGCUACACCACUCCCACCCCCACCCCUUACACCACCACGUCAGCCCCCCUCUAGUGAACCCCACCCGUACCCCUGUGAUCACCCCCAACCCCCCCGCCCCUCAGCCCUCCUGCUCCGUCGGUGGCUACGGCAACAACAACCACAACAACAGUGGUAGCGUCAUCGGCGGCCGACCCCCCGGGGCUGUUUCCACGGCAACCACAGGGAGCUGCUUGGUCAGGAACGGCGGAGGAGGAGGAGGCGGAGGCAGCGGCGGCGAUGUACUCUGGCAACGAGAGCGGGCGCCGGCAGCGCAGACCCCCAACCCCGCCCUCGCCCCCAACACCUUCCAGCGGGACGCCCUGCUGCAGUCGAGCUAUCAGGGAACCCAGGCUGGCUCCGCCCAGCACCACCACCACCACCACCACCCACAGCACCACCACCCACAGCAGAGGGUGGUGCACCGACCACAGCAUCAGGGAGCUCCCAGCGCCGCGCCCCCGCCGCCGCCCCCGCCCACACAGGGCGAGAGCGCCUACUACCGACGGACCACAAAGGCGGAGCAGCACGGCACGCCCAAACCUCCACCCCCGCCGCCGCCGCCGCCGUCGUCCUCCGUGUCCUCGCCGGCGCUCUCCUCCUCCCUGUUCUCAGGUUUCCAGCGGGCGGGGGAGAGCGUGAUCACCAGCAGACCCUCGUCAGUCCUCCCUCCCUCCUCUGGUUCCCUCAGCUCCUACACUCCCGUGGCUCCGUCGGGCCACCACCACCACCAGCACCACCACCACCAGCAGCACCACCACCACGCCGCUGCUGCUGCUGCUGCUGCUGCUGCUGCUGCUGCUGCUGCCCGACACGCCCACCCCGGCCUCCCCAGAGUGGGGCACCAGCCAGGCUCCACCCCCCAGGGCACCGGCCAGGCCCGCGGCCAGCCCCAGCUGUGUGCUCCGGUGCCGGCCUCACAGUCCAUCGAGGAGGCCCUGGACAAACUGGACGCCGAGCUGGAGGGCCACAUGCAGGCGGAGGAGACGAGGAAGAGGGCCAGGGAGGAGGAGGAGGAGACGGAGAGGAAGAGGCGAGAGGAGGAGUGUCAGAAGAGGCGGGAGUGGGAGAGGCAACAGGAGGACAAGAGGAAGAAGGAGGAGGAGGAGGAGAGGAAGAGGCGAGAGCUGGAGAGGCAGGAGAGGAAGAGGAGGGAGCUGGAGAGGCAGGAGAGGAAGAGGAGGGAGCUGGAGAGGAAGGAGGAGGAGGAGUGCAAGAGGAGAGAAUGGGAGCGGCUGGAAGAGGAGAGGAAGAAGCAGGAGGAGAAGAAACGGCAGAGGGAGUGGGAGAGGAAGGAGGAGGAGAAAAGACAGAGGGAGAGACAGGAGGAGGAGAAACGGCAGAGGGAGUGGGAGAGGAAGGAGGUGGAGAAACGGCAGAGGGAGACACAGGAGGAGGAGAAAAAGCAGCGGGAGAGACAGGAGGAGGAGAAACAACGGAGGGAGUGGCAGGAAAAACAACGGAGGGAGUGGGAGAGGAAGGAGGAGGAGAAACGACAGUGGGAGAGGCAGGAGGAGGAGAGGAGGAGACUGCAGCUGCAGCAGAAGAGGAGGGAGGAGCAGGAGGCCAAUGCUAAAGGCAGAAGAGAGCAGACGGCCAUGGACAACCUGGAGAGACUGCUGGCAGGCGACUCCUCGCCGCCCCCCGCCCUCCCUCGCCUCUCAAGCCCCCCCGCCCCGUCUGCCUCAGUCACCCAGGCCUCACCCCCUUACCCCUGGCUGAGUCGCGGCGGGGUACCCCCCUGUCCUCCGUCGGCCCCGGCACCCAGCACCGUCACCGCCGCCCCCGCCAGUACCCCCCUGGAACGACUGCGGCCGCCCCCCCUCACCCCCCAGACGGAGUACGCCAGAGAGAAGCAGCGGCAGAGAGAGCUGUGGGGCCACAGCCCCCCCACGCUGCACCACGCACCGGGGUUGACCCAGUCCCCCUUCCCCCCGACGCUUGGCUCCCCCAAAGACCCUUUGAGGGGCCCGCAGCCCCCCAGAUCCCACCCGGGGCCACUCCCCUCCCUGCCCACCCUUACGCUGGGGGAGCCCCCCAAGCUGUACCAGGCCUUCCCCAGGGAGGGGCCGCCACCCUCGGCCCCCGGGGGGCUGCUCCUCCGGCCCCUGGACGAGGACUCUGACGGCGGGCCCUUCGAGGAGGAGCCGUCGGAGCUGUCCACGCUGCUCCCCGACGGCCUGGCCAACAUCAUGGCCAUGCUGGACGAGUCCAUCCAGAAGGAGGAGGCCCUGUGCGUCGGCGGCCGCCCCCCCGGCGGCGACCCGGCGGCGGCGGCUGCGGUUGGGGGGCCGGGCUACCCCUGCGCCCCGGACCUCAUCCCGGCGCCCAAGCACCCGGCCAACCAGGAGGAGUUCGCCAGCCCCCCCGUGCUGAGCCGGCAGGGCUCGCUGGCCUCCCCCUGCAGCCGCACCUCCUCCUUCAACGAGGAGGACGAGGAGGGCCCCAAGGCGGCCCCCGGCGCCGGGCCCCAGCUCCUCCAGCGGCCCCGCUCGGGGCCGGGCCCCGAGGAGAACACCAACUACCGGCACAGCGACCUGGCCAAGCUGUACGGCCUCCCCGAGCUCAGCAAGAGCGAGGCGGAUGAGGAGGAGGACGAGGAGGAGUCGGAGACGCCCUCCAGCUCCCCGCCGCCGCCCCAGAGGCCCCACCUCCACCAGACGGGCGUCAGCAGUAUGUUCAAGUCCCUGGCCACCGUCAAGGAGAGCCAGAGGUACGCGUACCGUGGCGGGCCCUUCGGCAGGCCGCCACCCUCCGCCCUGCUCGGGGUCAAGUACUCGUCGUCGCUGUCGCUCGGGCCCCACAUCCACCGGCAGCAGAAGGAGGGCAGCUCCCCCACCUCGGACCCCAGCCACCCGGGGGUGGCCCCCGACCCCAAGACCUCCCGUACCCUGGCGGAGAGCAAGGCGGCGAUAGCCGACGUUCGGAGGGAGGCGACGGACCAGAGGACGGCUUUCGUCCCCUCCACCGUGGAGCCGGCGGACAUCAAGGAGGAGGCGAUGGAGAAGCUCACCACCAUCUCCGAGACCUCCCUGGCGGAGCUGGGCCGGAGCUGUGACGUCCUCAUCGGUCGGCACGCCGACAAGAGGAGCUCCCCCGAGCGCCACAUCAAGUUGGAGGACCGGGGACACGCGUCGCACGGGAAGGAGAAGGAGCGCGAGAGGUCCAAGGACAAGAGCCGAGAGCGGGCGAGGGAGAGGGACGGGGAGACGAAGAGGAAGCACAGCCACAGCAAGAACCACGAGGAGCGCAAGGAGAGGAAGAAGCAGGAGCGGGAGAAGAGGGCCGAUAUGGCCUUCUCCUCCUCCUCCUCCCCCGCCCUGUCCUCCCACGCCGGCUCCGGCCACCGCAAGCGCCACAAGGAGGGCAAGAGCCACAAGGAGAAGGACCGGCGGAUCCUCGGAGACCUGGACCUCCAGAGCAAGGAGCAGCGCGAGGGAACCGCUCGCACGACAAAGAAGAAGCAACGUAAGGACACGACGGCCGGCUCCGCCAGCGAGGGGGGAGCCCGGCGAGUGGACGUCCAAGGGGCGAGGCGCCCUCCUCCUCUUCUCCUCGUCGCCAAGCCGCUGGACCCCCGAGGCGGAGACGACGGCGGUGGCGGCGCCGACGACUUCCUGAAGCUGAAGGCGCUUCUCGGGACGGGCCCGCCCAAGGAGCUGAAGAUCCGGCUGAUCAAGGUGGAGAGCGGCGACCGGGAGACCUUCAUCGCCUCGGAGGUGGAGGAGAAGAGGAUCCCGCUGGAGGAGAUCACCAUUAGGAACAAGGCGGGGGAGAUCAUCAGGGCCUGCAAGGGAUCCAGGGUCAAGGGGAAGUUCAGAGAGUCCUACUUGCUUCCGGCCUUCUCCGUGAAGCCCCCCACCAUGACCUCGGAGGUGCCCCUCCCCAGGGAGAAGCUCUACCCUCCGACACCCCAGCAUUUAUGUAAAGCAAGAGGGACCGCCUUCUCCCCGGUGCUGCUGCAGUUCUGCACCGACCCCAAGAACCCUGUGACGGUCAUCAGAGGCCUGGCUGGAUCGCUUAGACUCAACCUGGGCCUGUUCUCCAAGUCCCUGGUGGACGCCAACGCGGAGCAGGCGGUGGAGGUCCGCACCCAGGUGCAGCAGCCCGCCGACGAGAACUGGGGACCCCAGCGGCACGGGCCAGCCUGGCCCUGCGAGAGCAGCCGCUCCCACACCACCAUCGCCAAGUACGCCCAGUACCAGGCCUCCAGCUUCCAGGAGAGCCUGCAGGAGGAGAAAGGAAGUGAAGAGGAGGACGAAGAAGAGUGGACCAAGACGGAGAAGAAGCCAUUGAGUUGUCUUGACACACCCAGCAAGGACCCACCUAAAGAAGCUGGCAGCAGAAAAGCCAGUGGGGAGAUCAUUAAAUUCGGCACCAACAUCGACCUCUCGGACCCCAAACGGUGGAAGUCCCAGCUGCAGGAGCUGCAGAAGCUGCCCGCCUUCAUGCGCGUGGCGUCCAGCGGUAACAUGCUGAGCCACGUGGGCCACACCAUCCUGGGCAUGAACACCGUACAGCUCUACAUGAACGUCCCGGGCAGCCGCAACCCAGGUCACCAGGAGAACAACAACUUCUGCUCGGUCAACGUCAACAUCGGCCCGGGUGACUGCGAGUGGUUCUCUGUGCACGAGAACUACUGGCACGCCAUCAGCGACUUCUGUGAGAAGCACGGCGUGGACUACCUGACGGGGUCCUGGUGGCCAGUGAUGGAGGACCUCUACAAGGCCAACAUCCACGUGUACCGCUUCAUCCAGCGGCCGGGCGACCUGGUGUGGAUCAACGCCGGCACCGUGCACUGGGUGCAGGCCGUGGGCUGGUGCAACAACAUCGCCUGGAACGUGGGUCCUCUCAAUGCAUACCAGUACCAGCGCUUGGAGCGGUUUGAGUGGAACGAGGUGAAGAAGGUGAAGUCCAUCGUCCCCAUGAUCCAUGUGUCCGGAACGUGUGCGCGCACGUCAAGGUCACCGAACCCCGACUACCUUCAAGAUGCUCAAGUGGGACGCCACUGUCUCCUGCAGUCCAUGAAACACAUCCAGGUGCUGAGAGACCAGCUGGUGGCGGGGGCAAGAAGAUCUCCUACCAGAGCCGGCGUCAAGGACGACCCGCCUACCUACUGCAACGACAGGUAGAAGUGAGUGGAGGUGUUUGACCUGCUGUUCGUGACCAGCGAGAGCAGCAGCAGGAAGACGUACGUGGUGCACUGUGAGGACUGCGCCCGCCACCGCAGCCCCAGCCUGGCCAAUGUGGUGGUGCUGGAGCAGAACCGCAUCGACGAGCUCAUGACCGCCUACGACUCCUUCAACCUGUCGUCCGUGUCUGGCUCCCGGUGACAGCCCUCCACCUCCUCUCAGUCAUAACCAAAACUCCUCCCAGCCGGGACAAAACACAGCAUUUCACUUUGCAACCGUCAUUAUAAAAAAA